UGCACACUCGAUUUCGAGCUGAGAUGCUGUUUCUCGCCAUCAAAAUGCGACCUAGAUAUGUUCUGUCGGCUAGGUUUCCCGGCCAGAAUCGUCGCUGCCCCUUACCCAUCUGCUCUGCUUCAAGUCCGCUUUACCGCGUGCACGUGCAUCACGAGACGAGAACAAAUGCCGGUGAGGAGAACGUGCUGCAGUGUUUGCCGAACUUCAUGGUCUGAUCUCUGAGACUGGGGCAUUCCCCCGCAAUUUCAACAGGGGCAAAUGAUACAUGAUGAUCGGCACGCUCCUCAAGAGCCAAUGUAACGGUGAGUUAAACAGGUUUGUGCAACCUAUAGGACCCAUAGGACCCAUUGGAAGCCAUAUUGGGCUAUGACAGCGGGGGAACGGUAUACACGGCCGAUGUGCCGACGGAGUAUCACCGACGCAUGCUGUACCCUUCUACCUUGUACAUAACAGUGAAGUCGCUCCCAGACCUUUCGCUCUUCUCUCGGGACAAUCUCUUAAUUGCUGGUGUACUAACCAGCGUGACUCACAAUGGAGAAACCAACGAAUGCAGAAGCAGAGCACAUUGAAACCGGCAGUCAGGAGCUGAAGAUAUCACCCGUGACCACUCCAGUCGAGCAGGAUGUCGACGGUGCGCUCGAAAAGCGCAGCAAGAAACUCAACCGGCGCUUGGAUUACCGCAUCCUGCCCCUAUGUUGCUGGGUCUAUCUGCUAAACUUCCUCGAUCGAGGCAACAUCGGCAACUCGAAAGUGCUCAACCAGGAAACUGGCGAUGAUCUGCUGCAAAGGACCCAUAUGACCGCUGACGGAUAUGCCCUCACGGUGACCUUGUUCUCCAUCGCAUACGCUCUGUUUGAAGUGCCGUCCAACUGGGUCAUGAAACAUUACAUCCGCCCGUCUCUCUGGUUGGGCAUACUUCUGCUUUGCUGGGGUGCUCUCACCAUCGGAUUCGCAGGCGUCCAGAACUACGCGACUGUUGUUGUCUUGAGGUUUCUGAUCGGCGCUUUCGAAGCUGGCUUCUUCCCUGGAAUCGUAUAUUUCAUCACAAUCUGGUAUCGUCAUAAUGAACGGUCUGUCCGGAUCGCCUGUGUUGUCGCAUUUUGUAAUCUCGCCGGCGCAUUUGGUGGUGCCAUAGCUUAUGGCGUGGGCCACAUCAACGGCACGGCGGGACUCGAGGCAUUCCGAUGGCUUUUCAUCAUCGAAGGCAUCAUCACCGUGCUGAGUGCGUUCCUGCUUUUCUUCUUCCUGCCAGACUACCCUGCGAGGGCGAGAUGGCUUAGCGCAGACGACAAGCAAUUUGCCGUGGAUCGACUACGAGAGCAUGGAGGCGGAUACCACCAGGACCACGCUACCCGGAAAGAAGUCUGGGAGACUUUUUGUUCACCACGCAUGCUGGCGCAUUAUAUUGCAUACAUUGCCGACGUUGUGCCACAAGGCUCAUUUACCUUUUUCACGCCAACCAUCGUCACCGGUCUCGGAUACAAAUCGAUCCAUGCCCAGCUUCUGACGGUUCCGCCCUGGGUGAUCGGCUUCUUCGUUGCCAUCACCCUGUCCUAUUCUGCGGACCGCUUCAAUUGCCGAGGCUGGCACAUUACUGGUGCUUCGAUCGUGGGUGGUGUGGGUUGGUUGACUGCCGGUCUCCUCCCCGCCGACGCCUAUGUGAAGCGCUACGGCUGCUUGUGUCUCGCUGCUUGCGGCGCCUUCCCGUGCGCUCCAUCCAUGACCAACUGGGUUUCAUGUAACACGCCAAGUUUCCUCACCAUCCCGUUCGCCGUGGCCUUGCAUAACUCGAGUGCGGGGAUUGGUCAGAUCAUUGCGCAAUGGAUCUGGAAGGCCGACGAGGCCAAAGAUGGCUAUCCAACGGGCAAUUUUGUGUGUGCCGCUUGCAGCUUUUUUGUCGCCGCCGUGGCUGCCAGCUUGAGAUUGUGGUAUGGUAGGAUGAAUAGGGUGGGAGCCCGCGAUGCAAGAGGAGAGCCUAGAACAUGGGUCUAUUGAUGUAGUAUAACCUCAAGGUCCGGCAGCAAUGGGAUUGGGGUUUUUAGCCGCCUGAUGAAGUGGAAUGCCGGUGUGUGUAUACGUAUGGAUCAUUGAAGCCUGUGGUCAGUUCGUCCAAGCAACCCGUGGCUCGCUUAGGCCAGGUCAACACAAUGAGGCAUGAAGCAGAUUGAAGACUCUCCUGUGCAGUAUGCACAUCGAUGGCCCGCCGCAAUGGUGGCAUUGUGUCAUAUUGCGCCAGAGAACGUCGCAAGUGCCUAAAACGGUCACAAAAAAUCUCAUGUUAUUCGAGGGUGUAAACAAAUAGGUGCCUUCAAUGUACUGGAUUCAAUCCCGCCG